AUGUCGUCGGCCCUUGCGCACUAUGAAUCUUUUCUUAUUCACAACGUCUCCACCAUAUCGACCCUAGAGUCAACGCUCAGAUCGGUGACAUGGAUCCUGCCGGGCAGGUUCAAGGAUGCUGAACUGGCAUCUGAAGUUCUUUCUGCGACGCUGAAUGUGAUGAGCAUGUAUCAUGACACAGUAUUGACGAAGUUCGUGCACACACAUGGGAAGUACAAACCCCUCAUUCCCUCGUCGUUGCAUACCCGAUACACGAGAGCGUGGUCGGAUAAAGAUAACUGGUACAAGUGGGCUGCUCGUGCCUUGCAGCUCAUCCGUUACGUGGAGCUUUUAAUCGAGAUGGGAUUGCGGAGGAAGGUCUCGUCUAAGAAUCGUUGGCGAGGUGUCGUGCUGCUCGAAUUCAUCAAGGCUGCACUUCGCCUAGUCAUGUUGCGCGUCACACGCAGACCCCUUCUGUCCCCUCCCAUUCCUGAACGAGAAUUCGAUCCUUCUUCUUUGCCGCCCGACUCUCAAGCAUCGUCACCUACGCUUGCGCCCUCUUCUCCCCCAUCUUCAGUACCUUCAACUCCCGAGCAUCUUAGGAACAAUCACAUCGCGUUGCCACUGCAUCCUCUCUUGACCCCACCACCGCCUACUCAUUCGCCCCUGCCCGUCGAGGAAUACCUUCUGCCUAAAGCACUUACUACUUCGUCUAUCAAGGCCCCUACAUCUCUCAUUAAACCCUUGUCGAACCCAAGGGACUGGCUCGCAGAACUAAUCUACGUCAUUCGUCCCCUUGUCUAUGCAAUUAUGUUAUCUUCUGGACGCAAGAAUAACCGGCCAUUGGUGACGGCACUAGCUUUGGAGCUGAUUUCUCGUAACCUUCGCCGCGACCCGCUACCGUCAGCAGCCCUAGAACGUUCAGAAUACGCACAGAGAGAUCGGGAUAUGCUGUGGUAUCUCUUGCGAGGAUCCAUUUGGCAGACUUGGACACGCCCGAAAGUGAUAGCGUUUGCUGACACUACCGCCAACAUUCCUUUGCUGGGAGUCUUCAGUGCAUUCAUGAAGGAUUGGAUUCCCCUCAUCGACGAAUAUCAUUAUUAUACUGCUCCUUAG